UUUCAAAUUGCAUUCUUCCCGGCAAAACCUGUCCAGAUGGAAGAAGAAUCGAUUGUAGACGGAUUUAGCUUUCGAAGCAGCGAGUCUGAUGGCAUGGAAUCUGUUGUUGCUUCAGUUAGUGGUUACCACGGCAUGGAGCGGUUUAAACUCAUCAAGCUUAUUACCCAAACAGGUGCGAACUAUGUGGGAACAAUGACGAGAUCAACAACGCAUUUGGUAUGUCGGAAAUUUGAAGGAAGGAAAUAUGAACUGGCUAAGAAUCUUGGAACCACAGUAGUUAGCCAUCGUUGGUUUGAGGAUUGUGCUAAGGAAGGGAAACGCCUUCCAGAGCAUCAUUAUAUCAUGCAGAGCGGGGAAGAAGUGGGGCCCCUAUUAUGGGAUGUGCCUCUUGGAAAGAAAAACAGUUUCUCAAAGGGAAAGAAUGGUAAAGCUCUGUAUGAUCAGUCCAAUAUACACAAAGAUACUGUGCAACGAGUGACUGAUGUGGGUUGUACAGAUGAUGUGGAAGUUGCCUGGACUGGUUCUCAUUUGUCAAAGGAGAAUUUAUUUCCACAUUGUGGGAUGGGAAAUAAGGGUUCCCAUAAAAUCAAGAGAAGGACAACACAUAAAACUUUGAAGCAGGAAUGCAGGUUGAGAGCCACCAAGUGUUCUCUCGAUCUACUUGUUUCUGGAGCAGUGAGAAUUCAGAAUGAAGAAUCUGCUUCCCCUUCCACUAUGCCUUAUGGGAAUCAGAAAAGAAAUAUUCACAGUGCUGUUGGAAGCACUAGUACUGCUGAUCCCACUAGGAAGGGUAGACGGCUUGUGAAAAAGGAUGCCUUGGGAGGCAUAUUGGACUCUUCUGUAUUUAAGUGUGAGCAAGAGUUUUCUCCUACUGAAGCCGGUAAUCAACUGAUCAAUACUAAUGCAGCAUCUGAUGAUAUAAAUACUAUGAGGAAUGAGAUUGACCAAGUGGCAAUUAAUGUUGCAUCUGAUGAUUCGAGUGAUUUGAGGAAUGAGAAUGACCAAGCGGCAAUUCAAGAAAGUGGUUUUGCUGACUCUAGAGAAAAUAGUGAUGAAGGGUUGGAAGAAAUUGGAGACAUGUUACUGUUGAAUUGCCGGGGUCCUUCUGAUAAUUUAGAUAGAUUGGAUGAAGGUGCACUUCCUACCCAUGAAAGGACUUUGGAGAAUGAUUUUUUUGAGAUUAAGGAGCAUGUGGAUGGAGCAUUGGGGCACCCUGGUGAGUUGAGAGAAUUAGCUGACUUGCCUACUUCAACAGAACUAUCGUGUGUUAUAUGUUGGACAGAUUUUAGUUCAACAAGAGGUGUUUUACCAUGUGGACAUCGGUUCUGUUAUUCAUGCAUUCAGGGCUGGGCUGAUCAUAUGGCUUCAAGUAGAAAGGUUGCAACUUGUCCUUUGUGCAAGGGUAGAUUUAUGAGCAUUAUGAAGGUGGACUGUGCUGCUUCUUCUGACCAAAAAAUAUAUUCACAGAGCAUUCCAUUUUCUUCACUGUCAACUGAUAUUUUCAUGCUUCCUGAUCGAGAAAAUUCCAGUUUCGGAGGCCAGUCUUCGGGAAUGGUUUGUUCAGAGUGUCGUUGUCGAGAGCCUGAGGAUCUUCUCAUUAGCUGUCAUCUAUGCCAGAGUAAAUGGGUCCAUUCCUACUGCCUGGACCCUCCUUUGGAUCCAUGGGCAUGCCUUCACUGCAGGGAUCUCCGAACACUGUAUUAUCACAUGCGCUAGUUCAUCAAACCUUUAUGUUGAUCUAUUAAAUCUCAAUUGUAUGAACUUGGUUAAUGUUGCAUUAGUUCUCACUAAUUAGAUUUAGUUUAAUCUCUCGCCUCAUCAUGUUGGCAAUCAAUAUUUCUCAUUGAUUUUAUAUGUCCAUGGACUUUAAAUGCUGGCCAUGAUAUUUCUAUUUA